AGAAAGUGUUUGCAUACACUGAGCUCAGCUGAAAGGAGAUACAAGCAACCAACCAGAAUGAGUGAUGCUCUUCAAUAUCAUCCAGAAAGGAAGAUAUCAGGGUAAGAGCUGUUUUCUUUAGCAUUUCCAUUUGGGAAUACAGAGAUGAAGGGACAUGUUCCUACCCAAGCCUCCUUUAUGAUGGAUCUGUACAGGAAUUGUUGCCUAACCACAAGAUGAGGAUUCACUAAUAGCAACUUGGGCAUCUAAGGAGCUUGGCUUGGAAAAGAAGAAAAUGGAUAUGACUUUUCCAUACAUCAGAACUGUUGAAAUGCUGGCUUCAAAUGAAUGCAAGUUUAAAUUAUUUGAAGAGAUAAAGUUUGGAGGCAAAUCAAGGCUCCUGGAAAUAGAUUUCAAGCUGAUUUAAACAGAGGAACCUUGUCUUUAAAAUUAUUUGGGGCAAAAACUGUACACAGACUCUUGCUAGUUUUUACAGCACCUAGAAGCAGUAUGCUGAGCAGCAGCUCUACCCUGGUAAUCAACUGCAGUGCAUCACCUAGAUGUUGGUUUAUCUUGGGCAUGACAUGGAAGCUUUACAGGAAUAAAAACUGAUCUUUCCAAAGGCAGCAUCUGAUUAUACUGUUGUCCAAUGUUAUGACAGUGUUCCAUGGCAGGGCUAUACUCAGUUUGAAUGUUACUUUGGCAGCUUGUUUCUAUGCUGCUGGCAACACAGGGUGAACCCCGCUAUUGCACAAUGAAUGUGCUGACAUUGACUGUAUCUAUUUGGAAACUACUUGGGAAACUGCUGAUAUUGUUUGAACUGUGCAUUCAGAUCAGUACCAUAAACAAAUGUUUUGUUUUUGCAAGAUGUCCUGCUGUUUGCAUUUGUACAGCUGAUCUCUUGAGCUGUGUAAACCAGAGUCUCAAGCAAGUCCCUGACAUGCUGCCUCCUACAGCUACCACCUUAGAUCUCAGCCACAAUUACAUUGUUUUGCUUAAUGGUAGUUGGCUGGCUGCCUUGCCACGCCUCCAAACCCUCAGGAUCAACCACAACAAGAUCAGCAAGAUCACCCAACAAGUAUUCUACAAUGCUACUUAUCUCACACAUCUGGACAUAUCCUUCAACCACCUGCGCACUGUGGAGAAAUACUACUUUGAAGGGCUUGUGAACUUGAAAGAGCUCUUGCUAUACUGCAAUGAAAUUGUACAUGUUGAUGAAAAUGCUUUUGUCAAGCUAACCAGUUUGCAAAAGAUCUAUCUAAGUUUGAACAACCUAACUCAAUUUCCAUUUGAAUUCAUUCAAAGACUUGAACAUCCUUAUCUGAGGACUCUUGAUCUCUCCACCAACAAUCUACACAGCAUUCCUGUAGAAGUCAUAAAAUCCUUGCCAGUAUACAUUAAAAAUGGCUUAUAUUUUCACAACAAUCCUGUGAGAUGUGACUGUUCUCUUGAGAAGAUGCUCCUGGAAUGGAAGCACCAUGGUUUCAGUUCCGUACAGGAUUUCAAAGAGGAGCACACUUGCAAAGCCUAUGCUAAUAUGCCCUCCACUUUAAUCAAAACCUUUAUGUACAGCACAUACUUUGAAAACUGCUCCUCAAUUCAAAUGAAAUUUGCUACUCCAGAAGUGCACAGUAAAGUGGGAGAAUCCUUGGUAAUAGACUGUAAAACAAGCCUCCAUGAUGACAACACCACCACCUAUCAGUGGUUUUCUCCUCGUCAUGAAUUAUUCAUGUAUUCAAAGCACUGGGAUAAGACACAUCAUCCUUUCAAAAACGGAAGUCUGAAGAUCAUAAAUGCUCAGAGUUCACAUUCUGGUCUGUAUGUGUGCAUAGCGAUCAGUGAGCUUCAAAAGAUCAACAUGACACAUAAAGUCAAUGUUACAGUCCAGCACCCCAAAUUAGUGGAGACUUUCAAUACUGCACUCACAACUCUCCUAGGGUGUGUUGUCAGCUUGGUAUUAGUCCUUCUAUACUUGUACAUGCCACCCUGCCGCUGCUCCAGGUGCUGCAAGAAGCCUGUAAGUCCUCCGCAAGACUGCAGUGCCCAAUCGUCCAUUCUCAGUACCACUCCCCCACCCAUGAACCGCAAGGUCAGCGCAAACAAGCAUGUUGUCUUCCUAGAGCCCAUCAAGGAUGCCCAGAAUGGCAAGGUCAAGCUGGCUGUCAGUGAGGACUUUCCUGAUGCUAAACACACCAGACUCCUGCAACUUAAGCUGGACACUGAAUCCAACAGUUCAGGCUUUUCUGACCCUCCCACCACAUCGCAUGACACACGGCAACAGUCCCUAGCAGAUGGAUAGCAAGCAAUCUCUACAAAGGAUGGAGGGCACUGGAAUAAAGCCAAGACCCAUUUUCAUCACAGGAACAAGAAAAGAAAUACGAUAUAUUUAUGGGAUCUUUCCUCAUCAAAAUGUAAGCAGGAUUUCACUUCUCCCCACAAAAAACAAGAUCUUAAAUGGCUGGUUAUGGUUUGUUCAUAUUUUUCUAUCAUCUCCUCCAGAAAGAAGAGUGAUAUUGUUUAUUUACAGCCUCAGAGUCCAAGAAUUAUGCAGACAAGAAACAUCAUCUAUAUCAAGGAACAAACGGAAUGAUUUUUAUAUAUCCUUGAUGACAGCAGACUGCCUGGUAGUAGAAAAAAUAUGAUGUUAUACCAGGGAGUACCCUCUUAUUUUAGAAAACUGCUAUGGAAUACAAGUCUGUGUUCUCUGCUUUGACCUCCAGAGAAUAAAUAUUUCUAUAUACCAAGCUUAUGUUUUUAUAUAAAAAAUGUUCUUGCUCAAUUAUAUUCAGCUCCUGCUUCUAAUAUUUAUUCAGAAAAUAAAAAUAAAUUCCUGGGCCCAUUCUUUCAUAACUUCCAGACUGCCUGGAACAAGUCACACCUUGAUAAAAAACUGAAGCACUGUUUGCUUUAUGGAGAUCAAAAGCCCUCAUGCAGAUG